AUGAAUAACGGCUUUUCUACCGAGGAAGUGUCACCGCAGCGAUGGGGUUUCACGGCGGAUGACGUCAAAAAGACGGCAGCUUGCGUCACCGUAAGAAGCGUUCUUGCAGAGAUCACAUCAAAUCUCAAUCCAUUAGAUUCAAAACCCAUAAUUCUCUUUGGCCAUGGCGAUCCUUCAUCUUUCUCAUGUUUUCAAACCACUCCGGUAGCAGUAGAUUCCGUUGAAGCUGCUCUCCGUUCAUCCAAAUUCAACGGCUAUGCUCCUGCCGCCGGCAUUCUUCCGGCUAGAAUGGCAAUAGCAGAUCAUUUAUCGAAGAAUCUGAAUGAUAAAUUAUCAGCUGAUGAUGUUUAUAUAACGACUGGAUGUACACAAGCAAUUGAAGUUGUGUUAUCGGUAUUAUCAACCCGUCCAAAUGCUAAUAUCUUGCUUCCAAGACCUGGGUUUCCUUUUUAUGAAGCCCGUGCAUCUCAUGAUCAUCUUGAAGUUCGUCAUUUUGAUCUUAUACCAGAGAAAGAUUGGGAGGUUGAUCUUGAUGCAGUUGAAGCUAUUGCAGAUGAGAAUACUGUUGCUAUUGUUAUUAUUAAUCCUGGAAAUCCUUGUGGAAAUAUCUUCACAUAUCAACAUUUGAAGAAGAUUGCUGAGACUGCAAGAAAGUUGGGAAUAAUGGUAAUUGCUGAUGAAGUCUACAAUCAUCUUGCAUUUGGUAAUAAUCCAUUUAUACCGAUGGGAAACUUUAGUUCGAUCGCGCCAGUGAUUACGGUUGGCUCUAUAUCUAAGAGGUGGUUAGUUCCCGGUUGGCGAUUAGGUUGGCUUGUGCUUAACGAUCCUCAUGACAUUCUCAAGAAACACGGGAUCAUUGGUCAUAUUAUUGAUUUCAUGAAUAUGUGUUCUAAUCCAGCAACAUUUAUUCAGGCUGCUAUUCCUAAGAUCCUAGAGACAACAAAUGAUGAUUUCUUUUCGAAAAUUAUUGAUACAUUGAGAGACGCAGCAGAUGUUUGUUAUGAUUCUCUAAAGGAUGUUCCUAGCAUCACUUGUCACAGCAAACCAGAAGGCUCCAUGUUUGUAAUGGUGAAACUCGACGUGUCAGUACUUGAAAACAUAUUGGAUGACAUGGACUUUUGUUCGAAACUGGCAAAAGAAGAAUCUGUAGUGAUCUUACCAGGAUUUGCGGUUGGACUUAAGAACUGGUUACGAAUAUCUUUCGCAGUAGAACCCGCAUCUCUAAUUGAAGGUAUUAAGAGAUUGAAAGAGUUCUGUAAGAGACAUGCCAAAAAACAAUGA